AUGUCUUGCACAACUGAAAACCCUUCAGAUGGCCUUCCUUUCCAAACUCAAUAUAUGCGAGAGGGCAAGCAUUACAUCAAAUCUGAUGAAAAAGUAUUCCCCUGUUCAAGCAACAUUAAUCCAUUAAGUCUUCCUCCGGAGCAGGAAGUAAUCACCGUCCUUAGCAAACAGAUGGGCCGGUUAGUACUUGUGCAUGACUUUUCGUUGGUGAACAAGUCUGGGCAUGGCGUGCGGCGUGCUGAGGCUGAAGCGAUGAGAAUGGUAUUUAAAAACACUUCGGUUCCUGUGCCUGAGGUCCUUUUCGCAAAAUUCAGGCCUGACCAUGGGAGCAUUGGGAUGACUUUUAUUGAAGGGGUUACCCUAGAAAAGAAGUGGAAUACACUGGACGAAGAGAGCAAAAGGUCUGUUUGCCUUCAAGUCUGGAAUAUGAUCUCUCAGAUACGAACUAUCCCUCGUCCCCCGGAACUUAAGGGUCUUUUCCAGUGCGCGGCCGAUGGCUCCCUUACAAGAAGCCCAUUGCUUGCAGACCUGGAGGAUCCAGCCCGACCCCUGAAGAGUGAUCCAGAUUUGCGCGCCCGCAUCUUCGAACGUUAUCUACACUUUGGAGGUCGUCGAUACGAGCAUGAGCUACCUGACAUGUUGCCGCGUUCUAACAGGUCAGUGUUUACGCAUGCUGAUAUCGCGCCUCGCAAUAUUAUGAUCGACGAGCAGAACAAUAUCACGGGAAUAUUGGACUGGGAAUACGCAGGGUGGUAUCCGGAUUAUUGGGAAUAUGCACAGAUUUUGAGACCUGCUUUCUGGGGCGACUGGUCAGAGUGGAUGGAUUUGACUGCGCCGCAGAAGUGGGAUCUUAGUGGUAUCAAUGCCGCCAGGAGGGUUUUGUUCUGA